AGCGCGAAUUCGUUGCCAGCUUUCGUCUCAUCACCUGCAUCUGAGUUCCCUAAGCUUCCGACCGCGCGCUCAACUAACGAGACCCGACACAAGUACUCCGAUCAUGGCUUUGGUCAAUGGCGAUGUCCCGCGAUGGGUCGCAGACCUCCAGUCUCCCCCAGCUGCUAAGUCCAAGGUCCCCGGCAUCUCCGACCCUCCAGGCUACCCGUCGCAAACCUCAUACAGCUCCAAGAAGGACCAGAAGGCUAUCCAGCCGCGCAAGCAACAGACACCCGAGGAGAUGGAUACUCUGAAAGUCAAGAAGGCGUGGGAGGUGGCGCUCGCACCCGUCAAGAACCUGCCAAUGACGGCCAUCAUGAUGUACAUGUCCGGCAAUUCGCUCCAGAUCUUCAGCAUUAUGAUGGUGUUUAUGGCUUUCAAGAACCCCCUGAUGGGUCUCACUGCGGUCAAUCAGGCAUUUGAGAGGUUCGAAUCGGAAACGAACAAGGCCAAGAUGUUGCAGGUCAAGUUGGCAUACGUUGCUAUGCAAUUCGUGGCCCUGGCCCUGGCGGUUUGGAAGGUCAACUCAAUGGGAUUGUUGCCGACAACGAGAUCAGAUUGGUUGGCUUGGGAAGCUCGAAGAGAGGCUCUGGAGUCCUCCGUCCCCGCUUUAUAGACGACAAAAUGAUAUCCAGCACCACAUUCCCGCA